AUGCGCCCCAGUCGCGUGGCUGAGCUCCGCCGUGAGGUCGUCGACAUGUUCUACCAUGGCUUCGACAACUACAUGCGCAUCGCCUUUCCCGAGGACGAGCUCCGGCCCGUCACUUGCGCCCCUCUGACCCGGGAUGCUCAGAACCCAGGGAACGUCGAAGUGAACGAUGUCUUGGGCAACUACUCCCUUACUCUGAUAGACAGCUUGUCUACACUGGCCAUCUUUGCCUCAGCCCCACCAGAUGACCGAGGCACGGGACCGAAAGCCUUGCGUGACUUCCAGGAUGGUGUUGCCGCCUUGGUCGAGCAGUAUGGCGAUGGCCGUCCCGGUCCUUCUGGUCAAGGUCUGCGCGCUAGAGGCUUCGACGUCGACAGCAAGGUGCAGGUUUUUGAGACGGUCAUCCGCGGUGUGGGAGGCCUUCUCAGUGCCCAUUUAUUUGCUGUUGGCGCACUACCCAUCAAUGGCUAUGAACCUCUGGGUCCUGAAGACGAUCCUUUGAGCCCUCCGCCCAUUCACUGGACGAAUGGGUUGACUUACGACGGCCAGCUACUUCGGUUGGCGCUUGAUCUUGGGACAAGGAUUCUUCCGGCCUUCUACACGAAGACAGGAAUGCCUUAUCCGCGUGUCAAUCUGCGCCAUGGGAUCCCCUUUUACAGGAAUUCGCCGUUGCAUGAGGCCUCUUCCGGGGACCAAAUACUUGAUGGGCCUCCUGAAAUCACCGAGACAUGCAGUGCUGGCGCUGGGUCGCUUGUUCUCGAAUUCACCGUUCUCAGUCGCCUGACAGGUGAUCCGCGGUUUGAACAGCUUGCAAAGCGGGCCUUCUGGGCAGUGUGGUAUCGGAAGAGCCACAUCGGCCUCCUCGGCGCAGGCGUCGAUGCCGAACAAGGCCACUGGGUAGGCCCUUACUCCGUUGUCGGUGCUGGCGCCGACAGCUUUUUCGAGUACGCACUCAAGUCGCACAUCUUGCUUUCUGGGCACGAGCUUCCCAACCGGACAGCCGUUGAGCCAAAACCCAAGGACGAUUGGCUAGACCCCAACACUCUCUUUGCACCGCUUACUGAUGUUGAGAAUUCCCCCGAUGCCUUCCUCCAGGCGUGGCAUCAUGCUCAUGCUGCUAUUAAACGACAUCUUUACAGCGACAGAGACCACCCGCAUUAUGAGAACGUCAACUUGUGGACGGGCUCACUGGCUACGAACUGGGUAGACAGCCUAGGAGCUUUCUACGCUGGUCUACUUGUCCUCGCAGGUGAGGUGGAAGAGGCCAUCGAAACCAGCUUGCUCUACACUGCUAUAUGGGCGCGAUAUGAAGCGCUGCCUGAACGUUGGUCCAUUACACACAAAGACAUUGAGGGCGGUCUCGGCUGGUGGCCCUUACGACCCGAGUUCAUCGAAUCGACCUACUACAUCUAUCAAGCUACCAAAGACCCUUGGUAUCUUUACGUCGGCGAAAUGGUCAUGAGAGACAUUCAAAGACGGUGCGCUACGCAGUGUGGCUGGGCAGGCCUUCAGAAUGUGUUGACCGGCCAGAAGAGCGAUCGCAUGGAAAGCUUCUUCCUCGGCGAAACCACACAGUACCUGUAUCUGUUGUUUGACGAGUCGCAUCCCUUGAACAAACUGGAUGCCGGCUUUGUAUUUACCACCGAGGGUCAUCCGCUUAUCUUGCCGAAGGCAAAGUCAUCGCUCCGAUCAAGGGCGUCUCAUCAAAAGGAACUAAUGGUGUACCAUGACCCUAGCUAUAUCAACACUUGCCCGGCACCGCCUUCAGUCACACCUCUCACAGGCUCAGUCAUUGCUGCCAGAGAUGACAUCUAUCACGCUGCAAAGAUGUUGGACCUACACUUGAUGGGGCCAAAGGACCGUCUGGGAUUUCCAGCGGAGCCGGAUGUGAGGCCCACCGGGAACACCGUGGGUAGAAUCCCCAGGUACACGCCCUUCCCCUGGACUCUUUCACCAGAAAUGAUCCCCCAAAACGGAACAUGCCGCAAAAUCAACCAGCCGGUCGAGAUGCUGCUUGAGUUCUCUUCUAACGCGCAAGAGCUCAUCGGCGGCAGUGCCUUCAACUACCUGAUGGGCACGCAGAACCUUGAGCGCCUCACUGUGGACCGGAUUCGGGUCCAGACCCUUUCCGGCCUGAAGCUGACCAUGAGGCAGGAGGAGGAUAGUGAUGGAGAAUGGCGCGUCAGCAAGGUGAACGGCGUCCAGCUCGGUCGGGAUGAGUUCAUCGUUAUGAACAGAGCCAUCCUAGGCGAGGUGUCCGACCCGCGGUUUAACCUUGUCCGAGACCUUGUCAACGUCAAGCUCGUGCAUUUGCACCAUGUGGAUCUAGGCCAGGACGAGACGGACAAGGUAAAGGAGCAGCCUCGACCUGAGAGCAAUAACACCGAAGACGAUGUUUCCCAAGAGGAGGAACAGGACUCCGAGCCCGAACAACAACCAGAAACAGCCAACGCCACCUCCGAAAAACCCGCCUCCUCUUCCCUUGGCUCCUACGUCAAAUCCCUCCUCGCCAACCUCGCCGCCUCUCUUGACGACCUCCUCGACGGUAUCCCCCUCGAAGCAGCCGUCACCGCUCUGCCCUCCAUCCUGCCCUCCAUCCCCUCCAUCGCAUCUAUGCACGGCAUCACCCGCGGGAUCAAAUACCCACUCAACGUCUUCCUAAACUCCACGGCCGUAACCGCCACCGGCAUCGGCGCCGCCCCUUUACCUCCUCCACCACCUCCCCCUCCUUCCUCCCCUUACGGCCCAAACAAUCCCAACUACCCUCGACUCUACCCGCCCUUCGGCCCCGUGCCUCGCGACAUGAUCCCUUACACUACCAUCUACGCCGCCGGCCAGCUAUGUUCUCCGUCUUCCUCUUCCUCCCCGGACGAGCCGACCGAGAAGCCGCUACUAGACGACUCCAUCCCUCGCACCCACCAAAUCCUCCUUCUCCGCCGGGGCGGCUGUUCCUUUUCCGAAAAACUCGCCAACAUCCCCGCCUUCCCGCCCUCUCCUUCAUCCUUACAGCUCGUCAUAGUAGUCUCAGACGGCGAAGACGAAGACGCUUCGUACACUGCUUACUACUCCGGUCAAACCUUCAGCAGCAGUCAAGGAGGGGUUGGGGGAGGAGGGUUGGCAAGGCCGUUGCUGGAUCAAGUACAAAAAACGCCCGGCGGAUUGGUGAGGAGGAAUCCGAUCCCCUUGGUCAUGGUUGGAGGCGGGGAGAUGACGUAUGAGACGCUGAAAAGGGCGAAGGGGGUGGCGGUUGGUAGGAGAUGGUUUCUGGAGAGCCAGGGGAGGAGGGUGAGGAAUGUGAUUGUUGAUGAGGGGGAUGCUGGGGGUGUUGCAUGA